CGACGGGAAACGUGGCCAUAGUUCUGAAAUCCACGAAGCGGCCGUCGACGCAAGCACGUACGUAUUGGAGCACAUAGUAUCGCCUGCCAUGUGAUCCCCAGUGAAACUACGCGGCACAAAGUCAGAGAGUGCGGCGAAUCCAGCAUGCAGUUUGGCUGUGCUGAACUGAAGCCUCCCUGUAGAAACGCCCCGGCACCGCGCUGCAACCACAUACAUAUUCGCACGGCGCACAGACACGGAAGCGCAAGCAUGGCCGCCACCAUGAAGCUGUCACUCACCUUCGUCCUCCUCCUCUCCGCGCUGGUGGUGUUCGGGGACGCCGGGGCGACCUGCGACAACAUCCGGUGCAUCCAGGGAGGGUACAUCACCUGCAAGAACUACCCCGGCCAGAAGCUCGACGGGUGCGCCUGCGUGUGCGCGCCCAAGGACGGCAAGGGCUGCGUGCUCCACCUCGACAGCGGCUCCACCAACAAAUGCACCAAGUACUGAAUCGUCAUUUUCAUCUCUGCUCUCGUGUUUGAGUUCGAGCUCAAUAAAGCUGCAUGUGUGCCGUACAUGGAGUAAGUAACGAAUGGAAUGCUAGUUUGUGUCGUGGAAUGAAAUGGAAUGCAAUCCAUUGAUCAAGUUUUGUA